AUGUUCUCAAUUAACAUCUUCAGACAGGGGUUAUAUUUUUUCAACUCUUUUGCCACAUCUCCCUUGCAGUACACAGCAACCCCUUCUUUAAUUUUUUUAACAAAUCAUCUCUAUUAUUCCUAUCAGCUGAUUUCACUAGUAAAACGGACGAUUGUACUACAUUUUUAUCAUUCUUUACAUUUUUCUCAUUCUUUACAUUUUUCUUUUUUUCCUCACUGAGCUCUUUUUGUAACGUAUCGGAUUUGAAUUUAUGUAACUCCAAGGAAGACUUGAGUUCGCUGAUUAAUUUAGCCUGGAUAUCCUUCUCUCUAUUAAGAAAUUCGAUUUUUUUUGCAGUAUCAACAUGCGCGAAUUACUAUCACUAUUAACAUCCAGCUGCGAUUUAGUGACGCUAGAGUUUCCUGUUUGUUUGCAGUUAUCACAAAACCAGAUCAGAUUAUCAAACUCGCACAGAUACUUGCAGAUUAGAUCCUUCAAUCCAACACACACAGGAUGGAAUGAUUUCACACACAGCUUGCAUUUUAUUACUUUA